CGGGUCAUUUCAAAAGCACGGGGAUGCCAUGCUGAGAUACAGAAGUAUGUUGUUGCCCUUGUCCAGAGAGAAGCCGUGGAGAAUAAUUGAUGCCCGAUUAGAGCCGACCGCCUUCAACACGUGUGCUUGGGGGGCGCUGUAUUGGAGGGGCUAAAAAAAAAAAGAAAAAAAGAAAAAAAAAGACGCGCACUCGCUCUGCAUCCAAUUGGCUGCGAGAAUUUUCCAAGUCUGGUCUCUCGCCGGCUGCUCCCGACUCAAAGUGCUCACUCCAUCUCUGUCUGACUGCGGGGAGAGAGCUCGUCAUGCUGAGAAACGGCGCGUACAGGAGCAUGUACCAGGGAGAGGAAGGGAGGCUGCGCAGCGGGGGUCCGGCUCCGGCUCGGGAGAGGAAACACCUUGCUCUGUGCAUCACUAACCAGGAAGAAGUGAAGAGGUACCAUCGCUACUGCAACCACAGCGGAGUGCAAGCAGUUCAGAAGGUGGAAAGAAGCUGUCCCUCAAAGGCCCAUGUGGAUGAUAAUAGCCCUCAUCACCGUGAUCAGCAGCAACGCCUAGAGAUAAAAGCUAUUGUGAUCCAGCGGGCCUGGCGUGCCAGCAUGUCCCGUAGAGAGAGCUGGCAGGUACAAGACAAGAACGACACCAGCCGUCACUGGGACGGGACGGUGACUUCAGAAAGCCUCCAGGACCCCGUGAUGACCUCCAAUAUUUCUCCGGAUCAGCUGAAGAGCCUCCAGAGUGACUACAAGCAUGUUAACGACGAGGCCUUCCAGCUGCAGAGUAAUCAUCUGACUAUGGACCUAGACAACAACAUCAAUAUCAACCUGCCGCCCGUUGAGACCAAGGUGUUGAUCAUCCAGCGGGCUUGGCGCGACUUCCUGCAGAGACAGGAAGUGGAGAAAAGGAGCCCCUCCCCUCCCUCCCUCUCCUCCUCCGACAAGAUGAGCAUGUCAAUCAGCAUGAUGACACUGUCAGACGGCAGCACCCCAGAUUACCGGGAGGAUGGCAUGGACCUGGGGAGCGACGUGUCCAGUCGUUCCAGCUCAGAGUCUAACUCCAACAAGGUUACACCUUGCUCCCCUUCUCUUGACCUAGCCACUUUGGAGGACUACAAAUCCUCCCCCUCUCUGGACCUGGUUACUUUAGAGGACUAUGAGGAGGACGAGGACUACCAAGAGUACAAGAAGAAGGUGAUAGAAGAGUGGGAGAGUGAGUAUGGAGAGGACUACACCUCUCCACAGCCUCCCGGGCAGGGGGAGGGCAGAGGAGACAUUGUGAGCGUCGACAACACCGGAGAAGGCUACAGGAAGACAGUGAACAGUCGCAGCCUUGCCGAAGAAUUCCAGGAUGUGAAGACCGCCCCGCCCCUGCCGGCCCCCGGCGGACGCACUGCCACAUCAGUGGCUGCUGUCCCCGAGGAACUGAAACAGAACGGCAAUCUGAUUUUGCCCAGGAGCAACCGGCUCCACUCCCCCGAAAAACCACAGGGGGGCACAGGGACUCCCAAGCCCAGCCACCGCAGCCCCAGUCAAGGCAGGUGGAGCCGAAGCAGUGGCCGGGCUGGUGGCGGUGGUGGUGGCGGUGGAGGAGGAGAAGGAGGCGGCGGCGGAGGAGGAGGAGGAGGAGGAGGAAGUGGUGGUACUGGGGGACUGGUGCGAGGAUACAGAGAGCAGGAGAAUGUAGAGGAAGAGCCUCUGCCAACCAUGGACUGGGCAGCUCUGGAGAGACACCUGGCUGGGCUGCAGUGCAGAGAGCAGGAGAACCAUAACCUCAACCACAACCAGAACAUGGGCAAGACCAACUACACCUCAGCCCAGAAGAAUGAGAGGGAGUCUAUCAGGCAGAAGCUGGCCCUGGGCAGUUUCUUUGACGAUGGGCCGGGCAUCUACACCAGCUGCAGCAAGAGUGGCAAACCCAGCCUGUCUUCACGGCUGCAGAGCGGCAUGAACCUACAGAUCUGUUUUGUCAACGACAGCGGCAGCGACAAGGACAGCGAUGCGGACGACAGCAAGACAGAGACUAGCCUGGACACGCCCCUGUCCCCCAUGUCCAAGCAGAGCUCCUCGUACUCAGACAGGGACACCACGGAGGACGACUCCGAGUCCCUGGAGGACAUGGACUUCUUGAGUCGACAGAAGAAGCUGCAGGCGGAGGCGAAGCUGGCCCUGGCUAUGGCCAAGCCCAUGGCCAAGAUGCAAGUGGAGGUGGAGAAACAGAACCGCAAAAAGUCACCAGUGGCCGACUUGCUUCCACACAUGCCUCACAUCAGCGAGUGUCUAAUGAAGAGGAGCCUGAAGCCCACCGACUUGAGAGACAUGACGCUGGGACAGCUCCAGGUCAUAGUCAACGACCUGCACUCCCAGAUCGAGAGUCUGAAUGAGGAGCUUGUACAGUUGCUACUGAUUCGGGAUGAACUACACAUGGAGCAAGAUGCCAUGCUGGUGGACAUAGAGGACCUCACCAGGCAUGCCGAGAGCCAGCAGAAACAUUUGGCUGAGAGGACCCUAUCCAAAUAAAAUCCCCACUCUGCCUCCCUCUGCCAAGCUUAAAGCAAACUUUUCCCCUCCGGCCAUCCCACCUCUGCCCCGUGGCGAUCCAGAUCCUCCCCGCUUGUCCUAAGUAUUUUGCUCCUUGCUGCUUCCCUGUCCCCCCCCCCCCCUCCUGUCUACCUUAAGGUAGCUACCGCUGACGCCAACGAGCUGGACCUGUCCGACUCGCUGACAUCAGUGGUAGCCGCGGCACAGAAGAAAGCCACCCUCUCUCAUUUGCUUCUGUGGUUUUUCUCCCAGCGCUAAGGAUGGAGUAGCACUUCCUGCUUCCUGGGAGGAAAAGAAACUGAUUGUGUGUUGUCAUGGAUUCAGUCCACAGCUUCCUUGUGCAGUGAUAUCGGCCUCGCUUUUGCUAUUGUUUCUUUUUAACUUUCUACAUUCGCCACUAAAUUAUAACUGUUCAAACGCAAAAAUCGUUGGAAAAAAAUGAUAAAAUAAAUAGUGAAAAAUUUAGUAGAAAGUAAGUCAUGAGAAAAAAGAGAAACAAUAUUGUAUAAAAUAAUAAUAAUAAUAAAAAAAAAUGACGGGAAAAACUAACUUCUUCAGAACAUUUUAAGUUGGACAGUAAUUUAAAAGUAUUUCAAAGUCGACCCGUUUUUAUUCUGCACAAAUGGUAGUUUUCAACUGAGAGAUGUUCAUUUGAAGGUGCUAAAAGAGUGUAAAGGAAACAUGCCUGCCUUGUAGUGGAGUUGUAGAUUUUGGUAAUACGUUCACUCUAAUUGCUCUUCAACAUUUUGUGAAUGUUGAUUUUCUGACACAAGUCAUUUUAAAUGAAUAAGUGUGUUAAUAUCGUUUUCAUCCUGUUGUAUUCAAAUACUUUAUUUGAGGGAAGAAAUGUUUAUGUACAGAUAUGUAAAAUAAAGAAUAAACUUUUUUUCAUAUA